AUGCCGUCAUGCUCGUUCAUUUCAGGUUCGUCUCUCAUCAUGAUGUCGCGCCGACCUGCGUUUUUCGAGCCGACCGAUGUGCGCAAGGCAGUGAAGCCAUUCCUGUCGGACGCCUGGCGCCACCUGUCGAUCGUGUCACCAAACCUUGCAGAGCUGAGAGCCAUGCACGCCGCCCUGGAGAGUGUUUUGGGAACCAGUGCGACCACAGGUGAGCGCGUGCACUACUGGGACCAGCAUGCCUCGGCGUGGUUUCUUCAGGCCGAAUCGCAAUUUCAAGUCCCUGGUAUCCGCUCUCAAGCCUGUCAAGGCUUGUCAAGCCUGUCAAGCCUGUCAAAGCUCUCAAGCCUGUCAAAGUUUCAUUACGCCGUUGCAGCGCUUUCGCCCGGCGCCAUUGACGAAGUAGCAGAUUUGUUGAACGCCCCAUUGUCUACCGCCGCCUAUGACGAUCUGAAGGCAGCCCUGCUACAGCGCACAGCAGCUUCACAGCGUUCUCGCAUGCAGCAGCUUCUGUCCGCUGAAGAACUCGGUGACCGACGCCCUAGUCAACUUUUUCGCCGAAUGAGGCAGCUGCUCGGAGACAACGCGAGAUCCAUCGAUGACGCGCUGUUGCGCGAAUUGUUUUUGCAACGACUCCCGGCUAACGUGCAAAUGGUCCUGGUGACAGCCUCUACCAUGGAUUUUACCGGACUUGCCGCUUUGGCCGACAAAUUCAUGGAAGUAGGCACCCCAACCAUCGCAGCCGUGACAUCGUCUCCGGGUGACAAUACAACGGCCCUGCGAACCCUUCCCUGCUCUUCAGCAGCGCAAUCUCCGCUCGACUCCCUGUGUGAGCGCCUGGAACGCAUCAUCUAUGCAGCAGAACAUCGCUGCACGUCAACUCGUCGCCCACGCAGCCGUAGUUCCAGCAAAUCAAGACGCAGGGGCACCCGCAAUGAAACAUCAACAACGUCUGGCAUUUGCUACUACCACCGCCGUUUUGGAAACGACGCUCAUCACUGUCGGUGUCCCUGUGCUUGGCAGGGAAACAGGCUGGCCGACCUCUACAGGCGACGAGUGGUCUGGCGCAACACACAAGUCGCCUUUUCUAGGUGA